AUGGGCUUACCUAUCUAUGCCCAUGUUGCAGAAGAGAAUACUGCUGCAAUUAACAUGUUUAAAUCUUUCAACUACACUUUUGUUCCAGGAAAGCAUGCUAUUAAAAUCCUUGUUUUCAAAAGGGUCAGUUAAGAAAGCCAUGUUGAAAACUAUAUUAUCCAUAUCUGGUGAUGUUUUCAUUUCUUAAUACUUUAUCAACAUAAUUAAACACGUGAAGUAAUUGUGCUACAGAAAAGGUCACAUUUGCUGUAUACAGUAUAACGUUAGCAAGAUGGUCUUCUAUUCUGAUUGAUUAACAGCUAUUAAUGAUGUGUAUGGUCUAUGGCUUUCACAGACAUUUGACAAAGUUGUACAAUGGUUAUCGAUUCUUAUUGUUGUAGCUGAAUAGGUCAUAAAAUGUAUAAUAUUUGCUGCUCACAUUUGGAAAAUGCAUUUCACAAAAAAAUGAUUUAAUUCAAGCUGUUGUCCUACGAUGUAGUGGGCUGAGAAACAGCUAAACAUUGACGAUCACAGGUUUUCUCUAAUAACCCUUCUGUUUUAUUUUAAUAAAUGAAAAUCACUGUCCUAUUUAUUUUAGGAAUUGCUGAUUUCUUUUACUGUGGAAUCCAGACACUAAAGACUUGAUCUCCUUAUUCGCAUGUUCAGAAUGAGAAGGCAGAUGCCCAGCUGAUAUUGGCAGCAAUGUUACAGGAAGGGAGAAUUAGUCCUGGGUUGUAUUCUUUUAUUUAAGAUGCAGGAUAUUACUCUUGUACAUCUGUCAAUGUGUCGCAUAUUGCUUAUCAUUACAGGGCUAACCCCUUUAGCUUGUUUAUAUAUAUUCAGAUUUUAUAUAUAGUAAUAGAUUUCUUUACUUUUAUGCUAUUAUAUAUUUUUUAUUCAAACAGUCUCUUCAGUAUUGUCUCCUUUUUGUAACACAAUGAAUCCAUUGUCCCUUAACUAAAUUCCCGAUUAAAAGAAUAGGUUGGUUGUACUGUUCAAUAUGUCUGAUGUUCCUCAACUCGGUCAUUUCCGUUGGGCCAGAUUUGCUCCACCUUCCUGGAGGGCCGACAUGGGAAUGAGCUGCUGCUCCUCUGUGACAGGUUUGGUCACUGCUGUGGGCACCUUCCCCAGCUGUGCCUCUCCUGCUCCUCUGCAGGAACAGUGCUUCCUCUGCGCAGCUGCAGUCGUGCUCUAGAGCCCACGGGGGAGGAGUGGAAGUUGCCCAGCUGUGCUCACGAGGCUCGGCUGCAAACCCCGGGUUGAUGUGAAUGUCCAGAUGGAUCCAGUACGAGAUCACAGAAAAGCUGGAGCCUGACCUGGCCAGGAAAAUGUGUGAGACAGGAGGUCAGUCCAUCGCAGGGAACACACAGACACUGUCACUCAUACACUCACAUCAGACCAAUUUCACAGAGCCCAACUAACCUACCAGGAUGUUUUGGAUGCAUGUAAUUCCACACACCUGUUAUCAGAAUCCAGAUCCAGGCACAGAAGCGCUCAGGUGGGGACAAAGACUUCUGGGUAAACUUUAAAAUGUUCCAGGUGUACAGUGAGAGGCAGUGAGAGUGUGUAUAUAUACAGUAUGAGUGAUACUGCAGGGAACUCUUACAAAACCGGGUCUGAGCAGGAGGCAGAUCAGUGAGAGGACCUCAGAGAUUCAGGACAGUUCCAGUUUAGUUAGCAACAGAGAUGUUUAUUUUAAAAUCAUUUAAAGAACUUUCUACCUUAAAAAACAUCCUUCUCAAGCAGAUUCCUCAAUCAAUCAUGGUGUAUGGGGGUCUUGUCCACAUCAUGAACAGUAACAGGUGCAACCUUGAGAUCUGUGUGGACUCUUGGCCAAACUUUAACACUGUCAUCUGUAGACGUCAAAACAAGGACCUGACACACCAUCCAGUGCAGUUCCCUAAUCUGUUCACGAUGUUCACGAAGGAUCUUGAGAAUCUGCGGGCGACGUUGAUGGAUGACAGGGUGAUAGACUGGACACAAGACACCAUUGUGAGAGGUAUUCCACACACUUACUGUGACUUAAUAAAAGAGGUUGCUACCAGCAGUGGAAUGGAAGUGAAGGAAUUCAAAGACUACAGUCUGAUGGUUCAUCACAACCCGGAGAGUAUUCAACACAAUGAGAGUGACCCUACACUGAAGAUCUCAAGCCUGCAGGUUUCCCAUGCUGAGCUGGUGGUGAAGCACACUGCCUUCAGAGGAAGUGACCUCACUCUCAGCCAUGUGAGGAGCUGCAUCCAGCACUUCCCCAGUGCCUGUAUCCUGGACGACAGUGGGAAUCCAGUCUCCUGGUGUUUCUCUGAUGAGCUGUGUGAAAUGAGAAUGGGUUUCACCUUACCUGAGUAUCGAAGGACUGGACACAUGAAGACAGCCUUGAAUGCUCUUAUAAAACAGAUGCAUGCAAUGGGCUUCCCAGUCUAUGCCCAUGUUGCAGAAGGGAAUACUUCUUCAAUUAACAUGUUUAAAUCUAUCAACUACACUUUUGUUCCUGGAAAACGUGCUGUAAAAAUUAUCGUAUUCAAAAGGCCAGUUAAUGGAGUCACACUGAAACCUACAUCAUCCUCAUCUAAUUGAUUUUCACUUUUUAAUAAAAACAUAAUGUUUAGGUUUACUCUAGUUAAUUAACUUCUUGAUUUAUUAUUAGAGGUUACUAAAUAAAAUACAUACAGUAAAUACAUCUUGGACUUCAGUAGCACAUCUCUCUGAAACCUCUCCCACCACCCCAUCUAAACCCCUGCAUGUUGUGUUACUGUGGCUCUGGAAUGAGCAAAACAAGGUACAGGAUGACAAGAGAAGUCAAAAAGUGCAAGUCUGCAAAAUACAAAGACUAAAUAACUUAAAUAAGAAUUAAAUUCUUACUAGAACUGUUUCUAUUGUUUUUGCAAAACCCAUUUUCACAUAUGCAGUAGAGUGCUGAAAGGAAUUUUGUAAUAGUGGAGGACUGUAAAACACAGUAAAGUAUAGAGCAUUUAUUUGAACCAUAAACCAAGUUGGUAAGGAGAAAUAUCAGAAUAAAUGUAUUCAAAGCAGAUAUUAACAGCUGUUGUCAUAAAGGAAUCUGAAUGUAGGUGCAUAGAAAGUCCACAUAGGUGGCUUGGAGAUUUUAAUUAAUACUUUACACCUAGAGUCCUGUCUGUGUGGAGUUUGCAUGUUCUCUAUGCGUGGGAUUUUCCCAGGGUCCCUGCUUUCUGCCCAAACACAUGCAGGUGAGGUUUAGAAACCUGUUUUUUACUGCUCUGACCGCAUUUGCUGAAUUAAACAAAUUAAUUGGAUAAAAAUCCAAAUCACCUGUUGUUUUCUAGUUGCCAAUUGCAAUGCACAUAGCAGGGCAUGAGCAGUUGGGAAAUUCCUGAUUUACAAAUUGGGAAGACAGACAA